AUGCACUGUCACCUCUUUUUUAAUACAGUAAAGAGCCAAAAACAAUGAGCAAAUGACCAACGGGGCCACCACCAAUAUUGAAAUUUAAAAGGACAGUGCGGUUCGAUGACCAAUGAACAAAUUGACUAGAAACGGUAUAGUACCGGUGAGGCCGUCGAUCAAAUUAUAAAACUUUAGCUCCUUCGUCUUGGAAGACCAAGAAUUUUAAAACGAGGUUGACUCAGCGGGAAGGAAUACAGUGAAGGUGGGCUGCCAUGGAACUCACGAAACCAACAAAGCUCGAAUUCUAUGAUCAAAUGUUGAAGCUUCAAUCCAAAGCCAUACUCGUUCAUUACUUCAAGGGCGAUGAUGGAAGGAAAGCUUUGAUUUUAGAUAACACAAUUUUCCAUCCACAAGGUGGUGGUCAACCUUCUGAUACUGGUUUCAUUUGUGUUACUGAUUCGAACGUUAGAUUUUGCGUGCAAGAUGUUCGAUCAAAAGACGGAGUGGUGUUCCAUUAUGGAGUUGCUGAGGAUUCUAGUAUGGAAAAUGAAUUAGAGCAAGGAAAAGGAAAAGAAGUGAUUUUGCAAGUGGAUGAGUCACGGCGGAGGCUGAAUUCUAGGCUGCACUCAGCUGGGCAUUUGCUUGAUGUUUGCAUGAGAAAUGUUGGUGUGGGGCAUUUGGAGCCUGGGAAAGGCUAUCACUUUCCGGAUGGGCCCUUUGUGGAAUAUAAGGGUACUGUUCCACUGAACGAAUUGCAAAACAAGCAAAGGGAAAUAGAGAUAGAAGUUAAUGCCUUGAUAUCGAAAGGAGGGAAAGUUUACGCCACGGUACUACCAUAUCAAGAAGCUGCUGAGCUAUGUGGUGGUUCUCUUCCUGAUUACAUUCACCCGGAAAGUGGCGGUUAUAAAGCUUACUUUUGGACUACAUUUGUGUCAAGCACCGGCAAUGACUGGAAAUCCCAUGGAAAUUCGGAAUUGGAUUCUUUUCGGUUGCUAACGGUAGCCUUAUUUUCUCGUCCCGUCCAGGGAAGCAAUCCUCGUAUCAUAAAGUUAGGGGACAACCCCGGUUGCCCUUGUGGUGGCACCCAUGUUUCCGAUAUUUCAGAGAUCUUAAGUAUGAAGGUCUCUAAAAUUCGCACUAAGAAGGGAAUGACAAAAGUGUUCUACACCAUUGGCACCUAAUAUAAACGGCAUGAAAUGCUUUGGUUGGGUAAAAGUACCAUGGAAGCUCUUAUACGAAGAUCAGAUUGUAUUUUACUCUCUUUAUUCAAUAAAUGGACAAAUUAAUCUUUACACGAUAUGCAAUAUGACUUUUAGUACAAAAAUUCUUAUAGUAUUUUUACUGCUUUUAUUGAUAAAAGUAUUAUUGCAUAUAUCAAAUGAUGUAUAUCUCUACCAUGAAGUUGGAACCGUAAAACAAUCAUUUCACUAAUAACAGGAGAUUUUAUGUUCUGUUCGGGUAA